AUUUGCAGAGUUUCUCUUUCAACUAGCAUUCCUCGGAUAACUCCGCCUUUAACGUUUCCUUUUUCUUCAAUCUGCCGACAAACUUCUAUGUUCCGCCAUCACCGCUCUCUCACAGCUCCACGUGUUCUUCUCUCACAAGCUCUCUCUCUCUACAUUUUCUCUCUCUAAAUCGAUGCUCCCCAACCUACUCACGUAACUCACCUUUACUAAUUGGGUUCGAGGUUGGUCUAUUGUCUCUCUCUCUCUCUCUCUUCAGUCCGAUUUGUGCAGAACUCGACUCGCGUAGGUGUAGCCAUUGCUAUAAUUUUUUCUCUAGGGUUUUGGAGUGAAAGGGGAAUGCUGUGAGGAGUAAAAUGUUCAAUUUCUUGACCAGAAAAGACGUCAGGAAAAUUCUCAAGCGCAAGGACAGUGAUGCUGGUGAAAGAGGCUUGACGCUUUCGGGAGUAGAGUUAUAUAUCAUACUCUUUAACCCGAUUUGCUUCUCAAAUUCAAUACAUUCGUAUCAAUUUUACUUGCGAAAAGAAAAAUGGAAAUCAUAGCAAAUUCAGUAUACCGAUUUUCUUCUGGGAUAUGUCCAGCCGAGUCUUGAUUGAUGAAAAGCACUGGAGGAACUGCGGGCAUCUUUGUUCAGCGAAUUCCGGUUCUUUGGAAGUGCAAAGCGUCAACAGAAACUCUUAUGGGGGCCUACUGCUGCUCUUACAUUCAAUUUUUUGGUCGCUGUUAGUAUUAUCUUGAUGAACAAAUUGGUGCUUGGCAAAGUUGGAUUCAAUUACCCAAUUUGCCUCACUUUUAUUCAUUAUCUAUGUAGCUGGUUGUUAAUGGGGCUUCUAAAAGCUCUUUAUAUCCUUCCUGCAUCUCCUCCAUCAAAGGCAACCAAAUAUUCUUCGUUAUUGGCUCUUGGUAUAGUUAUGUCUCUCUCAACCGGCCUUGCUAAUGUUAGCUUGAAGUAUAAUAGUGUUGGAUUUUAUCAGAUGGCUAAGAUUGCUGUGACCCCGACAAUUGUUUUAGCUGAAUUUAUUCUCUUUCGGAAAAAAGUUUCUUUCCAGAAGGUGCUUGCACUAGCGGUAGUAUCCAUUGGUGUUGCCGUUGCCUCCGUAACCGAUCUGCAAUUCCACUUCUUUGGUGCUUGUAUAGCAGUGGCGUGGAUAAUACCCAGUGCAGUCAAUAAGAUACUAUGGUCCAAUCUUCAACAGCAGGAGAACUGGACUGCCCUAGCGUUAAUGUGGAAGACCACACCGAUUACUUUGUUCUUUCUGGUUAUUUUGAUGCCGUCACUUGAUCCUCCAGGUGUCCUCUCCUUUGACUGGAGCUUCUAUAAUUCAUCAAUCAUUGGCAUUUCUGCUAUCCUCGGCUUUUUGCUUCAGUGGUCAGGUGCUCUAGCACUUGGGGCAACCUCUGCGAUCACCCAUGUUGUUCUCGGCCAGUUCAAAACUUGCGUCAUUCUUCUUGGAGGAUUUCUGCUCUUCGGUUCCAAUCCAGGCAGCACUAGCAUCUGUGGAGCAAUUACAGCUCUUGUUGGCAUGUCAUUCUACACUUACCUCAACUUGCUUCCGUCGCAGCAGCAAUCAAAUAAAACAUCUUCCAGACAAUCUUCUUUCUCUCUACAGAAAUCUAAGCUGAGCAAAGAAAAUGGGGACAGCCAAGACGGGAAUUGUGGUGAAGAACAUGUCUAGUUAUAUACACUUCAACUGCGGGAAGAGAACCGGUAUACACGACGAGACUGAUGAGAAACUUCUACUAACCUUGGAAUUAUUUUUAUUUUAUUUAUUCUUUUUGUUUACAAAAUUUAGUUCUGUGUUGAGUAGGCCCCUCCUACCUAUGUCUGUAAGUCUGAUCAGUAACCAUCAGUUAAUGUUCUGAUUACACCGUUUCUGGAGUAGUAUAAUUUGUUGUGAAAGGCUUGUAUAUGCAUGUUAUACAGGAGUACUCCUUUGUUAUUUCCUUCGACUACAUUCCAGUGUACACUGCCUAUAUAUCAUAACACUGGGUUUUGAAGUGAACUACUUUCAGGAGA